AUGCAAGGAAAGGGACACGGCUGGGGACAAGAGCAUAGAACAAGGGUGCAGGAUGGAUCAGGACAAAGGCAGGUUAUCAGACACAAGCUGGGAAUGAAGACUAUUAGCAGUUUGGUUCUUUUGGCUACAGUCCCAGGAAUUCUGGGUCAAAUAGAUAUGAAAGGAAAAGCCUUCUCCUUCUACCGGAAAGAUAGUGGACCAGUAGAAAUAUCACCCAAAACAUUUGAGACCUUCACUGCAUUCACUCUGUGCCUGAAAACAUGUACAAAUCUCACAGAGAACAUGCUAAUGUUCAAACUCUUUGAUAUGGUCAACAUGAAUAAAUUUGCCAUGCUGCUUGAUGCCAACCCAAGCACCUUCACUGGAGCCGACUUACUGAUCUUUUAUGAAGAUCUGCAAAUGAGCUUCCACUUCCCGAACACAGAUGCUAACAAGUGGAGGAGUAUAUGUGUGGCAUUUGAUUCAAAUUCUGGAAGACUACUGUUCUGGCUCAAUGGAAAACUGUAUCAAAGUGAAGAUGUACAGAAAGGGUUGACAGAUUUUGUACCGAUGAGUAUAAUUAUUGGGAGGAGUUUUGCUGGCGAAGAACAUUCAGCGGUAGCUCAAAUAACUGAUGUCAACAUGUGGAGCACAGUGUUAAUGUCACAUGACAUAGAGAGGUUUAUUACAAAUAAAGUGACAGGUGAUGUGAUUAACUGGAGAUUGCUAAAUUAUAAAACAAGGGGUGUAGUAACUAUUGAGCCAAACCACUGUUCUGAACAUUCAUGGAACCUUUAGAAGGACCGUAUGUUUGUUAAAUGGUGUUUUAUGAGAAAAAAAGUGGUCUCAGGAGGUCACUUCUUAUAUUUCUCAGGGUUUGUAACAUUUCUGCGAAUCUCAUGCACAUGUAUUUUUGAAGUGUUUCCAUUCAACUGCAUGCAAAAAAACAUCGGUGGGAAGCACUGCAGGGAAUUUUGUUAGGAAGGGCAUCACCCAGGACUCAUGUUACAAACCAUUUUAAACCAUCUUUGCAUGAGUGUCCGUUAAAAACUGAAUGACAUAAGCAGUGUACUGUGUAGUGUUCUGCACCAUCACAAAAAAAGGACACCAGGGCACCAACAGAAGUUUGAAAAUGAAGCUUCAACUGAAAAAGCAGUAUAGAUAAGCAGUAUUGUAAGCUCAUAGAUGUCCAUAUUGAAGAUACCUACCAUCUGCAAUUCUAUGUUCCUUUUACAUUCAGGUGAGCUGCUCCUUCCUGGUUCAUCUUCUGAUGGUGUUCUUUCACCACUUCCUCAAACAGCUCCACUUUUGUCCACAAAAGAUUGAUUUUUUUAAUCCUUCCUUGCACAGGGGAAACUGGAGAGACUUAUGUUUUCAUAAAAUGCACAACACACAAAAUACCUUUCAAGGGUCUUUACCAAGCAGAUCCAACCUGCUCUGAACAAAAAUCUAGUUUCUCUCACGGCAAUAAGGUCUUUACCCAACACAGUCAAUCUGCUCUGCAUAUAGAGCUAGCUUCUUCUAGGGCAAUAGGGACUUGCCCCAGAAGACCCAACCUGCUCUAAACAUAGGUCUAGCUUCUCUCAGGGCAAUAUGGUCUUUUCCAGUCAGACACAUCCUGCUCUGAAGAUAGAUCUAAUUUCUCUCAGGGCAAUAGGAACUUUGCCCAGCUGCAUGGCUGAUGGGAUUGACUCCAUAUUGGACUGCUCCUGAUAAUAAUUCUAAAGGCCAUUUCUAUCUGUGUGACCAUUUUUUCAUGAUACACCCAUAUUUGAAGUGUAACAUAAAACAUGGUAACAUUCCCCAGUCCACCACCCUCGAAAAGCACCCACCCCCCACAUACCUGAUUCACCGGUUCCCAUCCAUGUAGAAUUUUGCAUUCUUUGGAAAUCAGUGCAGGUGUCAGCUGUGUGUGGCUCCUCCCACACAUUCCUUUUCUAGGGAUCUAUGAGUAAAAGUCCUACAUGCUACUGUGACCGAGGGACUUGUAGAUCUCAAUAGCACACAAGUGUGUGACUGCAAAUGUAGCCCAUUGUUAACAUUGUCUAACCUCAGUCAUAAUGAUAGUUCUGUACCUUCGUACAGACCUGGGGCUGAGGGAAGAGUCUGCAUGAACUUGUGCAAUACCUCCAUCAUUCAUUGACCAUGGUUGCAAUGCUCUACAGCCCUAGUGCUCCACAUGCAGCCCACUUGCCUUUUGCGUGUGGCCAACAGCUAAUGGGCACCAUGAAAAAUUCUGAGUGGCAGCAGGGAGCUGGGUACUAGAAUGUGCUCUGUAUUCCAGCACCCGUCACUGAAUGAGAGAGACUGUACUGCUAUCUCUGCCCAGAGUACAAGGGAAAUUCCAGCCUGGGGAGAGAGAGCAGUGCAGGAAGUGAUAGGGGAGUUAAAUAUCACUGCCACUGAACACCGUGUAGGGAGGGUUAAAUUGCACUGUCACUAACCAACAAUGGGGGGGUUGAUUGUACUUACACCAGGGGCAUUAUUAUUGCACCUGGUGACACCAGUGUUGGGGGCUAUUAUUGCACUCACUGACACAAAUGAUGGGGGCUGUUCUUGCAUCCACUGACACCAAU